GUUUCGAAAAAUGCCCGCUGUGGUGCUAGCUUCAACGGUCAGACCUGUAUUGGUAGUCAGUGGGGAAAUUGCUGUAGCAAGUACUUUUAUUGUGGAAGUACCGACGACUACUGCCGCCCAGGUUCAUGUCAGAAGGGAUAUGGGUUGUGCAAC